GUGCGCGCGUGGCCCAGGCCUUGCAAGCUCUCUGGCAAGCUCGUCCAGGCUCUCGCGAGAGUUCGCCCGCGGACGUGCGCGCGCUCCAGGGGGCAUUUAUUGGGCUCCCGCUGUGUGCGCCGGGCCAGCUGCCGGGAGGGCGAGCGAGAUUGAAGGCUGACGCGGUGCGAUGGCGGCCCCGUCUGAAGGCGACGCUGCCUCCCUGCUGCCGGACCUGCCCGGGGGACCCCUGCAGGCCUACCGCGCCCGCGCCUCCUUCUGCUGGAAGGAGCUCGCGCUGUUCCUGGAAGGCGAGGACACGCUGCGCCUGAAGAAGAGCAUCUUCUCGGCCCUGGAGGACGACCCCCUGUUCGCCCGCUCCUGCGGCCACGAGCUCUCCCUGGAGAAGCACCGAGAGCUGACCUUCCUCCGCUGCAAGCGGGUCUUGGGGCACGCCCUCGUCCGCGUGGAGGACAUGGUGCAGAACCCGCUGUCCGUGCUGACGCUGGUCACCUGCCUGGGCACGUACGACUGGUCCCUGGCUCAGAAGUUCCUGCUGCACCUGCUGGUUUUUGGAUUCGCGAUUUACAAGUCUGGCUCCGAAAGACAUUUAGAAUACCUUCCCAAGAUCCUCAACAUGGAGAUUUUUGGAUGUUUUGCUGUGACUGAAGUAAGUCACGGGAGUAACGCCAAGGCCAUCAGAACGACCGCUCACUACGACCCCGCCACGGAGGAGUUCAUCCUACAUUCACCGGACUUCGAGGCCGCCAAAUUCUGGGUCGGCAACAUGGGCAAGACGGCCACCCACGCCGUGGUGUUUGCCCAGCUGUACACGCCCGGGGGCCACUGCCACGGCCUGCAUUCCUUCUUGGUGCAGAUCCGGAACCCCAAGACCCUUCUUCCCAUGCCGGGGGUGAUGGUUGGCGACAUAGGGAAGAAGCUUGGGCUGAACGGCGUCGACAACGGAUUUGCCAUGUUCCACAAGGUGAGAAUUCCUCGCCAAGCCCUCCUGAACCAGACUGGAGACGUCACCCCCGAGGGUACCUACGUCACCCCCUUUAAGGACGCCAAGCGGCGCUUCGGGGUGUCCCUGAACAACCUCUCCAUAGGUCGGGCCACCAUCGUGGCCAUGUCCGUCAUGAACUUAAAGCUGGCCGUUUCCAUAGCCCUUCGUUUCUCAGCCACGCGGCGUCAGUUCGGGCCGACAGACGAGGAGGAGGUACCGGUGCUCGAGUAUCAGACGCAGCAAUGGCGCCUACUUCCCUACCUGGCGGCUGCGUAUGCCGUAGACCACUUUUCCAAAUGGCUGUUCCUGAACUUGGCGGAGUUUCAGCAAGGCCUCAUAGGAACGGACCGCGGCACCAGGCAGGCAGAGCUCGGACGUGAGAUCCACGCCUUGGUGUCGGGCGGCAAGCCCCUGGCUUCGUGGACCGCGCAGCGGGGAAUUCAGGAAUGCCGGGAGGCGUGCGGAGGACACGGCUAUCUGGCGGUGAACCGCCUGGGCGACCUCAGGAACGAGAACGACCCCAACUGCACGUACGAAGGGGACAACAACGUCCUGUUGCAGCAGACCAGCGGCUACUUGCUGGGCCUGCUGGAGCUCCGCCUCCAGGGUGGCGCUCGCCUUGAGAGCCCUCUGGGGACUGUGGACUUUCUGGAAGCCUAUCCCGACAUCCUCGACCAGAGGUUCUCGUGCCCCAGUGUCACCGGCUGCUUGCAGUCGUCAGUCCCGCUGGCGGCAUACGAGUGGCUGGUCUGUUACCUGCUCCGAGAGAGUGUGCAGAAGGUAAACCAAGAGAAGAGAUCAGGAAGCAGUGACUUUGAAGCAAGAAACAACAGUCAGGUGUACCGCUGCCGUUCCCUGGCCCUGGCGUUCCUGGAGCUCACGGUGGUGCGGAGGUUCCACGAGUACGUGCACCAGCCCAGCGUGCCGCCCCCGCUGCGGGCCGUGCUCCAGCGGCUCAGUGCUCUCUACGCCCUGUGGUCCCUGAACCAGCACACGGCCCUGCUCUACCGAGGUGGCUACUUCUCUGGUGAGCAGGCGGGUAAAAUGAUCGAGAACGCCAUCCUGGACCUGUGCGCACAGCUGAAAGACGACGCCGUUGCCCUGGUGGACGUGAUCGCUCCUCCCGACUUUAUCCUGGACUCACCGAUUGGCAGAGCCGACGGCGAGCUCUAUAAAAACCUCUGGACCGCCGUCCUUCAGGAGAGCCAAGUGCUGGAGCGGGCAUCGUGGUGGGCGGAGUUUUCUGCCAGUAAGACCCACGUGGAAAGUCUGAAGUCGAGGCUGUAGGCGCACCGGCUCGCCCAGCUGAGUCUGAGUGAGCUCAUCCAGCUGAUGAGGAUAUUGACCUCAAAUGCUGGUUCCGGAAGAUACUGGAAAUGGCUGCCGCCUUCUGAACGCUUGUCUGAUGGUCCUGUGCCCGUCCCGUCUCCCGACCUCACCGGGAGGGCUCAGCCCCGGAGCGUGGGCCGGAUGAGGCCACCAGCCGCUCAUUAUUAGAGGUUCUCCGGUCGGAUGACCGUUUGCAUUCUGAGUUUUCUACAAAGCUCUGCUUCACUGAACGCUUAAUGAUGCCACCGUGAUGCUUUUUGUUAACUAAUGUGACUUUAUCAGGUGAUUAAAUUGUAUUUUAAUCAUA